CGCGUGACAGACAUUUCGCGUCAUUGGACAAAGCAAGCGCAACAGCAGCAGCCUAGACAGCAUGACAGUAUCCUCUAGUCCAGCUCAGAGUGACCUUUCAUAAGGCAAGGACACACAGACAGGCUCCAAUUUCUCUGUUCGCUUGACUAACCUCACGAGUCACCAAGGUCACUCGCUUGACUAGUAGAGGCAUGAGGAGCCCGCCUUAUCCGCGUCAAUAUCCUGAAUAACGAGUUGGGGCAGAAGUCUAGCCUUGUGUCUCUUUUGAGAGAAGAUCUGGCUGUCCAGACUCUAAGAUCAGUGUGCUAGCACAAUUGGAUCAAAAUUCCAAAGCAUUCGUGGAUCACGCAGUUCUAACCGCGCAACUAGGAAAAGCGACUAAGUCAUACUCUUUGCCUCCACCACAGAUCAGUGUAAUACAACGGGAGUUAUCGUUUCGUCUCGUUUUCUUUCCUUUCCUUUCACUGCAAUGUUACUACUACCCGUUCCAUUUCCCCCGCCUGUCUGACGGACCUUUAAUCUAAGUACUAUUUCGGACAGAAGUUCCGAAAAAUCGACGUUUCUCCUCCGCGCAUCUCCUCGACCUACCUAAGAAUCUGCCCACUUCUAUCGGUUUCCUACGAGUCGUCAGGGGAAGUCCUCCCGGAGGCACCUGUUACCCCCCUCCUCCACUUCCGCCAUGACCGUCCAGCCGACGUUCAGCGAGACCGCUGCGUGUUUUCUCUGCUCCGCCGUCUCCUCCACGCUAUCCUCCUCCCGCAUCGCCCGCGCGCAGUGCGUCGUCGUCUGCCUCAUCGCGCUCUGCUCCCUCACCUCCUUCGUCGACUUGCGACGCGGUGCUCGCGGCUGCGACGGAACGGCGGCGACGCGCGCGACGAAUAGCAUCCAGCGACUCCUGCUUCGGCCUGGCGAGGUGUCCGACGCUGGCGAUGAUUCUGCGUCGUCGGAUCGUUUGAGAUCGCAAGCAGCUCCUUCCGCGCGCCCUUCUUCCGCGCGCGCGUCUAAGUGCCCACGCGUGACCAUCUUCUCAGCGCCCACGGCCUACAACGUCUCCUCCUACUCGCAUCGCCGCGCGCUCAUGUCGUGGCUGCGGCUCGACCCCACCCCGCGAGUCGUGCUCCUCGGCGCGCACCCGUCGCUGGCGUCUGUGGCGGCGGAAUUCCCGAACCACGUCAGCGUGGAUGCUGACGUGGACACUAACCUCGAGGGCACGCCGCUGCUGAACUCCGUCCUCGCGCGCAUCCAGGCCUUCGGCACGGUGGCGUCCGCCGCCGAUUCCCCCUCAUCCGGCUCCGCCUCGGGCUCCGCCUCCUCCUCCGCUUCCGCCUCUGCCUCCGCCGCCGCGUCGCCCCACUGUGACAUCGUCAUGCUAGUGGACCCCGACGUGCUCCUCUUUAACGACGUCUUAUUCGCGGCGCGUCGACUCGCGUCGCGAUUCUCCUCGUUCGUCAUGCUCUCGGCCCCCUGGGACGUCCACACCUUCCGCUUCUCGCUCGACGGGCUUCCCCCGCACAUCCACCCUUCCGUUUCGUCCACCGAGAAACCCGGCACCCUCUCCUACCGCUCCUCGGCCGCUUCCCGCGGCGGUUUCCCCUCUCACCCCGCUACGGCCCCCGCGGUCAACGGGGUCAACGAGGAGGAGAUUCGCGAUUACGUCCGGCAGAGGGGGCGGCUGAACGUGAUAGCAGGUGCGACCGUCCUCAUGUGGAACCGCCCCGCGGCGCCGCUGCUCCAUCCCAGCAUCGCCAUCCCGCCCUUCUUCCUCGGCCGCGGAAACUACCUCCGCUGGCUCGUCGCGCGCGCCGCCGGCUCUCUCCCCGCCUCGGCCAGUAGCAGUAACGGCAGCGGUAACGCUAACGGUAACGUCACGGCGCAAGUUGCACGCGCUGCGUCGGAGCUGGAGGCGGCUGACGAGGCUGGCGUGCCGGCAGCGGUUCGGGACGAUCCGGAAUCGCGAUACGCAGUGGACGCGACAGAUGCGGUGACGGCGGUGCGCGUGUUCUCCGCCCUAGACGCGCAGAGGGAGGCGCAACUCGCCGUCGAGAAGCGGCGCGACGAAACCGUCGCCGCCGUGCUUUGCGGCGGAAUAGUCGGCGGGAGGGGGGGGUCUGGAGGGUUGGGAGCUCUGUCGCGCCUCGCGCGCUCGUUUCUGUCGCGGCAGGCUCCGCAGAGGCGGAGGCUCCUGAGCGGGGCGGAGGCGGGAAGGGACGGGGCGGAGUCUCCGCGCGCGGGGAGAACGCACAACAGCAUCAGCAGAGGCGGAGGGUCUUUUGCCGGGGAGUCGUCGUCGCUCGGGCAGUCGCUGUGGCAGCCGUUGCCCGGGAGGAACGCGAAGCGGUGGGAGGUGUACGCGAAUGCGCACAUGGCGCAGGUGCAGUGGCGCGCGGGAGGUUUCAGCAGCGAAGGCGGUUCUAUUAGCCACGCGCCCUGGCGGCUUGCUCCCUGCUUCGAGCCCGGAGGCGAAUCCAUGUGUCUCAUGCGACGUCGCCGGCCGGGUAACUGCUCGUGCGAACACACGCCGUUCGUGGGCAGGUCUACCGGCGACACUCGACCGCACGAUGCGAAUUGGCUGUCGUGCGGCCACACAGGGGCUGAGAACGAUCUAGACGCAGAUCUGCUCCGUGACUUGCGGUCCGCACCCGACGGCGCGGAUUCCACUCUAUCCUCGCUAGAAGCUGAUUUCGGUCUAGGCUUAGAAGACAUGGGCGGGGUUGGUGAGACGAGAUUGCGGAACGGCCUUAUCCUGCCAACUACUGCUGGCGUCGACGCUACGCUUAUUGCUAAGAACGCCACAAAGGCAUCCACGGCAGGGAAGAGGUCGCCUUUGUUAGAAAAAGAGCAGCCUAAAACGCGUACAGCUGCUAGCGUGGGGUUCUGGAAGGGAACCGAGGGCCUGCCGUACACUUUGGAGCAGCUUCUGCCAAUCGUCGCGAGCGAGCAGCAAGCGGUCAUCUUAUUGGCGUCCUCGUUUGAAGACAGAGAGGCUGCUAUGAACAGUAUCUGCAGAUUGCGCAACCUUGGGAUGAGCAACUACAUGCUGGCCGCUUUGGAUGCACGCAUGUACGCAUACGCUUUCCUGCAAGGCAUUCCUGUAUUCAUGCACAAGACACCAAUAGCUAAUCAGUCCGUGACUGCUGCUGCUGCAGCUGCUGCCACUCCUACAAGCGCUGUUCCAUUUCCUGCUUCUGCCACCCAAGCCUCAAACAACACUGACUCAGACGACACGUCAUCUGCCUCCCGAUUGGCUUCAGUUGCCCCAGUCCUGAUGAUGCGGAUUCUCCGCCUCGGCUACUCCGUCCUAUGGGCCGACGUGCACACUGUCUGGUUCUCCAACCCCCUCCCUCACCUCCUCUCUCUAGACUCCAACACGCUAGCCGUGCAAAGCAUGGAACCAGACAUGCAUCGAGCGCCCAAUGCUGCGAGGACAAUCGGUGCUGGGCUCAUGUUUGCCCGACCGUCGCACCUCUCGCUUAAGGCGUUGGGGUCCGUUGUGGCUUAUAUGGCAGCGGCGCGAGCCGAGGCAGGGGAGGAGGGGGGGAGUAUGGCUGGGAGUGCAAUGGAGGGCGAGGGGGAGGUGGAGGAAUAUCGGGCGUUCCAUGAUGUUCUGUGUGGAGAGGGCAGCAAAUUGAAGAUUGGGAAGGACUUGUGCCGCUGGAAAAAUGGAUUUCGUGUCGUCUUCCUGGACAGAGGGCUCUUCCCCGCAGGUACCAUCAAGGGCAUCUGGGAUGCUCCUCCGAGCCUAGGAGGUUUGGACCGAGCCUGCAAGAGGCUUGGGUGCGUUGCGGUGCAGAACAGCGGGAUCAGGGGGAGAGGAAAGAGGGCGGAGCAGCUAGGGGCGCAUGGGCUAGUGGCGUAUGAUUCCUGGAGGCGAAUGUGCAUUCGCAGCUGGAGGGUGGAGCAGCGAGCGGAGCAGGUUCAAAGGAAAUUUAUGUGAAGGUAAUGCAGUGGGAAACGGUGCUAUGGAGUGCGGAGAGGGCAUGGGAUGGGAUGGGGGUUGGAGGAAGGAAAGUGUGCAUGUGCAUUCGUGGCUGGGGGGGCAAGCGGAGCAGGUUCAUAGGAACUUCAUGCGAAGAUAAUGCACCAGGAGAAGGGUGCCUCGGAGUGUGGAGGGGGCAUUGGAUGAGACAAAGGAGGGUGCCUUGUGUGCCGUGCAGUGUGGUGCGGUGGGUGGGGUGGAAGUCUGGCAGCUGAUGGCGAGCCAUGGGCCCAUGGCCCCUCUUCGAGCACUGAUUGGUCAGCUGGAAGAGGAAGGCCUAUGUGCGCCACUUCAUAUUCUUGGCCUUGAUGGGCCACAAUGCACCUGAAUGAGUGCCGGCUGAAAGCUGGCUUGCGCAGAGAGGUCAUUUUUUUUUCCAGUGUUUCUAGAAGCCUAGAAGCACUGCUGUGAUUGUUUAAUGUAAAUCGUUGUAACAGGUAAUAGUGAAAUGAUAACUCACGGUGAGUUGCUAUCCCUGA